GAUGCCCAACGGAUGCUGCGGUGGCGGAAAUAACUACUCCGUGUGCUGCUACAGCACCCCCAGCUGCUGCAAGACCCCGAUGUGCUGCAGCUCCAUGCAGUGCUGCAGGCCCUGCUGCAUGCCCAUGCAGUCCUGCUGCAUGCCCAUGUCCUGCUGCUACACCAUCCGCAGCAACAACAGCGGCUGCUGUGGCAGCAGCUGCUGCGGCAACUGA